GCGGCUCAGGAAGUGCCUUCCCCGCGCCCCCUCCCCCGGCCACGCCGCCGCGCUCGCUCCCUCCCUUCCUGCGCUGGGCGGCGAGACGGCGGCGGAGACGGCGGACGGAGGCCCCGGGCGGGCGGGCGGCCGCAGGCACUAACGCAGAGGCUGAGGCACAGAGGGGCUCACGCACAGGUGUCCGACCCCAGGCCGCCCACUGCCACCCCCAAAAGCAGGCUGGCCUGGGGCAGAUGCCAGAGAAACCGAGCUCUCCCGGACAACCCUAGAGCUUCCAGAAAGAAGAAUCUGAAAGGAGAAGGAGUCGAACCAGGGGCGAGGCUGGAAACAGAGGGUGGAGGAGAGGUCAGAGGGACAGAUGCCACCUGUAGGUGUGAAUGAUGCUCCCUGUGGCCGGGGACCCAAUGGCAGCGCCUAAGUCAGAGAGGGUUAGUGGGAGGAGCCAGUCACUUCUGGCUUAAUCUGGGCUGAAAAUGCCCACUGACCAGCACAGCCUUCAGAUGUGUUCCACUCCAGCCUCCCCUUGCUGCGCUCCUGCCUCCCCACGGGCACUGUGCCCAGCCGCACUGGCCCUUGUGCUCCUGGGUCCACACCCAGGUCCUCCCUGCCUCUGGGCCUUUGCUUCUGCGGCUCCUCUCCCUGGGCACCUGCUCCUGUCUCUUCGUGACGAGUUUCUUCUCAUCCUCCAAGCCUGUUUCUGAGCCUCCCCGUUAUUUCUAGAGAACUUGUCACAAUCUGAACUCCUCUGGUUCGGUCACUCCCAGGAGAUGGCCCCUCGGUGGGCAGAGACGGCAUCUCUGCCAUGCCUAUCGUUAGCCAUGAAGGAGUCCUCAGGAUUAUUGUGGAAAUGAAAUGAAAUGGUGUGAAAACACUCAGGCCGGUGGCUGGCACGUAGAGCCCGGUGAUGCUGCCCAGGCUGUGAACAGGGGAGGCGGUGCUGUGGGGGCUGCCGGCAGCCGGGGCUGGAGAGAGACAUGUGGACACGUGGCCUCUAUGGCUCCUGCCUACCAGAUCCUCCGCUGGGCCCUUACCCUGGGGCUGGGCCUCACAUUCGAAGUCAUACACGCCUUCCAGUCUCAAGAUGAGUUCCUGUCCAGUCUGGAGAGCUAUGAGAUUGCGUUCCCCACGCGAGUGGACCACAAUGGGGCCCUGCUGGCCUUCUCGCCCCCCACGCCCCGGAGGCAGCGUCGGGGCACAGGGCCAGCCCCAGAGUCCCGCCUCUACUACAAGGUGGCCGCACCCAGCACCCACUUCCUGCUGAACCUGACCCGCAGCCCCCGCCUUCUAGCAGGGCACGUCUCCGUGGAGUACUGGACACGGGAGGGCCUGGCCUGGCAGAGGGCUGCCCGGCCCCACUGCCUCUACGCCGGCCACCUGCAGGGUCAGGCUGGCAGCUCCCAUGUGGCCAUCAGCACCUGCGGGGGCCUGCAUGGCCUGAUUGUGGCAGAUGAAGAAGAAUAUUUGAUCGAGCCCCUGAAAGGUGGGCCCAAAGGGGCCCAGGGCCCAGAGGACAGUGGCCCCCAUGUGGUGUACAAGCGCUCCUCUCUGCGUCAUCCCCACCUGGACACAGCCUGUGGAGUGAGAGAUGAGAAGCCAUGGAAGGGGCGGCCGUGGUGGCUCCGUACCCUGAAGCCACCCCCCGCCAGGCCCCUGGGGAAUGAGACAGAGCGUGGCCAGCCAGGCCUGAAGCGCUCCGUCAGCCGCGAGCGCUAUGUGGAGACCCUGGUGGUGGCUGACAAGAUGAUGGUGGCCUACCACGGGCGCCGAGACGUGGAACAGUACGUGCUGGCCAUCAUGAACAUUGUUGCCAAACUUUUCCAGGACUCAAGUCUGGGAAACAUCGUUAAUAUCCUGGUGACACGCCUCAUCCUGCUCACGGAGGACCAGCCAACCCUGGAGAUCACCCACCAUGCCGGGAAGUCCCUGGACAGCUUCUGCAAGUGGCAGAAAUCCAUCGUGAAUCGCAGCGGCCAUGGCAAUGCCAUUCCAGAGAACGGUGUGGCCAACCACGACACAGCAGUGCUCAUCACGCGCUAUGACAUCUGCAUCUAUAGGAACAAGCCCUGUGGCACACUAGGCCUGGCCCCCGUGGGCGGCAUGUGCGAGCGCGAGAGGAGCUGUAGCAUCAACGAGGACAUCGGUCUGGCCACUGCCUUCACCAUCGCCCACGAGAUCGGACACACGUUUGGCAUGAACCACGACGGUGUAGGGAACAGCUGUGGGGCCCGUGGCCAGGACCCGGCCAAGCUCAUGGCCGCCCACAUCACCAUGAAGACCAACCCUUUUGUGUGGUCAUCCUGCAGCCGCGACUACAUCACCAGCUUUCUGGACUCAGGCCUGGGGCUGUGCCUGAACAACCGGCCCCCCAGACAGGACUUCGUGUACCCCACGGUGGCACCCGGCCAGGCCUACGACGCAGACGAACAGUGCCGCUUCCAACAUGGAGUCAAAUCGCGUCAGUGUAAAUACGGGGAGGUCUGCAGCGAGCUGUGGUGUCUGAGCAAGAGCAACCGGUGCAUCACCAACAGCAUUCCUGCCGCCGAGGGCACGCUGUGCCAGACGCACACCAUCGACAAGGGGUGGUGCUACAAGCGCGUGUGCGUCCCCUUCGGGUCGCGGCCGGAGGGCGUGGACGGGGCCUGGGGCCCGUGGACGCCGUGGGGCGACUGCAGCCGGACGUGCGGCGGCGGCGUGUCCUCCUCCAGCCGUCACUGCGACAGCCCCAGACCAACAAUCGGGGGCAAGUACUGCCUGGGUGAGAGACGGCGGCACCGCUCCUGCAACACCGACGCCUGUUCUCAAGAAAGGCCUCAUGGUCUGAAGCCAGAAACCCAGCCAGCACCCCAGCUCGCCCCAAACUCUCAUGGGUCAUCUGCUCCAUCUCUGAAGACUGUCCCCCGGGCUCCCAGGACUUCCGGGAGAUGCAAUGCUCCGAAUUUGACAGCAUCCCUUUCCGUGGAAAAUUCUACACGUGGAAGACAUACCGAGGAGGCCUGCUCACUCACAUGCCUGGCCGAAGGCUUCAACUUCUACACGGAGAGAGCGGCCGCCGUGGUGGACGGGACGCCCUGUCGCCCUGACACAGUGGACAUUUGCGUCAGCGGCGAGUGCAAGCACGUGGGCUGCGACCGGGUCCUGGGCUCCGACCUGAGGGAGGACAAGUGUCGGGUUUGCGGUGGUGACGGCAGCGCCUGUGAAACCAUUGAGGGGGUCUUCAGCCCAGCCUUGCCCGCAGCUGGAUAUGAGGAAGUCGUCUGGAUUCCCAAAGGCUCCGUCCACAUCUUCAUCCAGGACCUGAACCUCUCCCUCAGUCACCUGGCCCUGAAGGGGGACCAGGAAUCCCUGCUGCUGGAGGGGCUGCCUGGAACCCCCCAGCCCCACCGCCUGCCCCUGGCUGGGACCACCUUUCAGCUGCGGCAGGGGCCAGAUCAGACGCAGAGCCUAGAAGCCCUGGGACCCAUAAACGCAUCUCUCAUCGUCAUGGUACUGGCCCGGACAGAGCUGGCUGCCCUCCGCUACCGCUUCAACGCGCCCAUUGCCCGAGACGCGCUGCCUCCCUACUCCUGGCACUAUGCGCCCUGGACCAAGUGCUCAGCCCAGUGUGCCGGCGGCAGCCAGGUGCAGGCCGUGGAGUGCCGCAAUCAGCUGGACAGCUCAGCGGUGGCCCCCCACCAUUGCAGUGCCCACAGCAAGCUCCCCAAGAGGCAGCGCGCCUGCAACACGGAGCCUUGCCCGCCAGACUGGGUUGUAGGGAACUGGUCCCGCUGCAGCCGCAGCUGCGAUGGGGGGGUGCGCAGCCGCUCCGUGGUGUGCCAGCGCCGGGUGUCAGCCGCUGAGGAGAAGGCGCUGGAUGACAGCGCGUGCCCGCAGCCGCGCCCACCGGUUCUGGAGGCCUGCCAAGGCCCCGCUUGCCCGCCGGAGUGGGCUGCCCUGGACUGGUCAGAGUGCACCCCCAGCUGCGGGCCAGGCCUGCGCCACCGCGUCGUCCUGUGCAAGAGCUCCGACCACCGCGCCACGCUGCCCCCUGCGCACUGCCCGCCCGCAGCCAAGCCGCCAGCCACCAUGCGCUGCAACUUGCGCCGCUGUCCCCCGGCCCGCUGGGUGACAGGCGAGUGGAGCGAGUGCUCCGCACAGUGUGGGAUCGGGCAGCAACAGCGCGCGGUGCGCUGCUCCAGCCACACCGGCCAGCCGUCGCGCGAGUGCGCAGAGACUCUGCGGCCCCCGUCCACACAGCAGUGCGAAGCCAAGUGCGAGAGCGCGCCCCCCGGGGACGGCCCCGAAGAGUGCAAAGACGUGAACAAGGUCGCCUACUGCCCCCUGGUGCUCAAAUUUCAGUUCUGCAGCAGAGCCUACUUCCGCCAGAUGUGCUGCAAAACCUGCCACGGCCGCUAGGGGGCGCGCGGCCCCCAGAGCUAACGCUGGGCGCCGGCUGGAGGGGACCCGGCCCGCAGCUGGCCAGCCUGAAGGAGCCCGAGGGGGCGGGAGCUGGGAGUAAAGGGUGAGACGAAGCCGGAAGUUAUUUAUUGGGAACCCCUAAAGGGCCCCUGGCUGGGGGAUGGAGAGGGGCUGCCCACCCCAGGGCCCCUCCUCAUCCCCUCUCCCAGUUCAUAGUGAGCCCCCCUCCAGGGUGGGUUUGAGGAGGGAACAACUAACUGUUCGCCCUAGAGCCCUUUUCACCCACUCCUAGGGAGCCCCUAAUACUGCCCCCCUUUGGCCGGAAUAUGUACUGUGAAGAGUGGGGGUGGGGAGGGGGUCUGCCUGUGUCCUGCCCCCCACACUGCCCUAUCCCUCCACUCUGAGCUAGGGGCGGGGGAGGGGGAGGGUCUAUGUCCGCUCUAGGGGAGGGGGAUUAGCACCACCUCCCUGACACCCUCCCCCUGACCAGACUAGCUACAAGGCUGAGGCAGAGCUGGCAAGAUCCACCACAACCUCUGCCCUCCCUGCCCCAGGGGGACCCCGACAUCCAGGCGCCCCCAUCAUGGUGCUACAGACCCUGCCCUGGGGCCCACACACCCCUCGCCAGGAAGCCCUCCAUCAAUAAAGUUCUGUCUUGUGUA